AUGUGCUUGUUCUCCAAGCUUGGGGAACUCUGUGUGGAUCAGCGUCCUGCAACAAGGAAAAGUGCUGGCCAGACCCUCUUCUCUACCCUCUCAGCUCAUGGAAGCUUGCUUCAGAAAGAUACCUGGAAGAAAGUUCUCUGGCAGGUGUUGUUCCCACUGUUGGAACAUGUCCAGAAACUGUCCAGUAAAGCCUCCACAAGCAAAGAUGAAUCCUCUGGGGGUAACAUCCUUAUCCACCAUUCAAGGGACACAGCAGAGAAGCAGUGGGCUGAGACCAGAGUCCUCACACUGGCUGGAGUGGCUCGUACAUUUAAUUCCAAAAGAAUGAUCCUACAGACAAUUGGUGACUUCCCCAGGGCAUGGUCUUUGUUACUUGAGCACAUCGAAUAUUCUGCCCUUUGUCCCAAUGCAGAAGUCUCAUUGGCUGCCCUGAAAAGCUUCCAGGAAAUCAUACAAAUCAACAAAGACUCCAAAGAAAAGGGGGAUGAUUUACGAAUUAGUCGUGGCAGUGUUACCCCACCUGGUGAGGAAGUGAUGAACCGUUCCAGUGAAGAUGGGCAUGAUGCCCCUAACAAGCCUGUCCAGAAUGAUAGUGGUAAGGUAGAAUAUAAUCUUACCCUGUGGUCAACGGCUUGGCGUGUUUGGCUUAACAUUGGUAUGCUGUCAACAAAACCACCGGAGGGCAAAAGCCAGAAGCCUUAUAUUCCAUCUCAGGCAUUUGUCACUGCUCUUGCCCAAACUUUUCCACCUUUAUUUCAUCACAUCAAGUCCAGGUUUGUUGCUGCUGAUCUCCAGAAACUGUCCACUGUCCUGCGGAGUGCACUCUCCGUGCCAGUCCAUGGGGAUAUGUCCCCUUUUAUCAUACCCACAUACCCAGAUCUUACCAUCACUCCUCUCCAGGAAUCAACACUUAACGCUGUUCAAGUGCUUAUCAAGGCAAUCAAAAAUGGCUCCGAAUCAAUGCAGAACAUGUAUCCCGACCUCUUUGAUCAACUGCUCAUUUAUAUUGAAUAUGGUGUGAAACCCCCGAAAUAUGGAGAUGUAGAAACCAAGAAUUUUGGAUCUGUCAAAGGACCUCAGGUUAGUAUGAUUAUUUUGAUCAAGAAAUUUUCUUUUUAG